GGAAAAACCCACGCGCACGGUGCACGUUGAUGUUUACUUCAGUUACAUACACUUCUAGUCGUUUCUGAUCACGGAUUUAUCGAAUGUGAUAUAUACAAGCAUAUCAACAUAUCACAUAUCUUGUCUAAGUUAGCUAGCUUAAUGUUUGCGCCUCGCUGCCUUUUUCGAUUUCUUUUACAGACGACGAGCUGCGUAGCGCCCACUGUUAAGAUAGCAGACUUAUGUAGCUAGCUGCGUGUUUGAAAGGUAAUAUGGCAAAGACGUCUAAAUGUAUUGUUACAAAAAAAGGAUAGAACUGCCAGAUGAAUGAUGCAAAGCAUCUUAAGGUACUUGAUCAGCAUGGCGUCAGUUAACCAGCACUGUACGUGCUGCUCCCACGACUUGGCAAAUCCCAGCGUGCACCAGACACUGGAGGAGAUGGAGUUUGAAAGAGGCAUCUGGUCUGCUGCCCUGGAUGGUGACCUUGACAGAGUACGUUCAUUCCUUGACAAGGGGAUAGACCCUAAUAUCAGAGACCAGGCAGGCUACACUGCAUUGCACUAUGCAAGUCGCAGCGGAAGCGAGCGUGUGUGUGCACUGCUGCUCAGCCGGGGGGCGUGCAUGAACCCUCGGACCAGAGGGGGGGCCACUCCUCUGCAUCGCUCCGCCUACUGUGGCCAUGUGGGCGUCGUCAAGCUUUUGCUGGAUUCUGGGGCAGAUCCCAUGUUGUGUGAUGACGACGGCACCUCCCCUCUGCACAAGGCUGCCGAACAGGGCCGUGAGGAGGUAUGUGAAAUGCUGGUGGAACGCUGUCCUUCUCUAAGAGACCUGAAGAACAAGAGAUUACAAACAGCCUAUGAGCUGGUCCAGCAGAGCACGCCUCUGUAUGAGCUUCUGAGACCUACAUUGGAUGCAUGAUGAUCGACUUACCUCCUGUUUUGUAUCAAGUAUCAUUACAACUUCUGUAUCCAGCUUACACAUCUGGACGUAGACGGUCCUGGGCAGAACCUACUGAAUGUUAGUGUAAGGUUUUGGACAAGGCAUCCAAAGCAGGACACCCAGGGGAGGUUGAAGUGAAUCCUGGCAUGAAUUUCAUCAAUUUGAGGUGGUGGCCCUUGAGCAAGGCCUUUACCACUUGUUGGUCCAAGAGUGCUGGACUCUGGCCGUCCUUGUGCUCUGACACCGAAACAUUGCUCUUCCCUGUAUAUGUGUUGGUGUCUGAUGGAGAGAGAUGGGAUGGAGGAAAACAGUUUCCCCUAAUGGAAGAAUAAAGUAUCACUAUUUUAAUUUAA